CGCUCGUCACGUGACCCGGGCCUUCGUCUUCCCCACCCCAGAGAAAAUCGGCGGCGGCGGCGGCGGCGGUGACAGCGACGAUAACAAAAAAGAUGUCGCGGUUCUCUGAGCUCUCGUUCAACGUGGACCAUGGCUACCUGGAGGGGCUUGUGCGUGGCUUCAAGUCGGGUAUCCUGCGCCAGGCCGACUACCUGAACCUCAUCCAGUGCGAGACCCUCGAGGAUCUCAAACUGCACCUGCAGAGCACGGACUACGGUCACUUCCUGGCCAAUGAGGCGUCGCCGCUCGCUGUCUCUGUCAUUGACGACAAGCUCAAGGAGAAGAUGGUCAUUGAGUUCCGCCACAUGCGCAACCAUGCCUUCGAGCCGCUCGCCACCUUCCUGGACUACAUCACGUACAGCUACAUGAUCGACAACGUGAUCCUGCUGAUCACCGGCACGCUGCACCAGCGGCCCAUCGCCGAGCUUGUGUCGAAAUGCCACCCGCUGGGCAGCUUCGAGCAAAUGGAGGCGGUGAACAUCGCGCAGACGCCCGCUGAGCUCUACAAUGCCAUCCUGGUGGACACGCCGCUCGCCCCCUUCUUCCAGGACUGCAUCUCGGAGCAGGAUCUGGAUGAGAUGAACAUUGAGAUCAUCCGGAACACGCUGUACAAGGCCUACCUGGAAUCUUUCUACAAAUUCUGCAAGAAGCUGGGGGGCACCACAGAGGAUGUGAUGUGCCCUAUCUUGGAGUUUGAGGCCGACCGCCGCGCCUUCGUCAUCACGAUCAACUCGUUUGGCACGGAGCUGUCCAAGGAGGACCGGGCGCGGCUGUUCCCACGCUGCGGACGCCUCUUUCCCGAAGGCCUCACCCUGCUGUCCCGCGCCGAGGACCUGGAGCAGGUCAAGGCUGUGGCGGACUACUACCCGGAGUACAAGCAGCUGUUUGAGGGUGCAGGGAGCGGCCCCGGGGACAAGACUCUGGAGGACCGUUUCUUCGAGCAUGAGGUGAAACUAAACUCUCUGGCGUUCAUCAAUCAGUUCCACUUUGGCGUCUUCUACGCCUACGUGAAGCUCAAGGAGCAGGAGUGCCGCAACGUCGUGUGGAUCUCCGAAUGCAUCGCCCAGCGCCACCGCGCCAAGAUCGACAACUACAUUGCCAUCUUCUGAGCGGGCGGCAUCACCCUCUUCCUCCCCUCGCUCCUCCCUCGCACCGUUGCCCUUCCCUCUCCCCAUCAUCGCUCGCAGAACUCCCUCGACCCCACCAACGCCUGCACCCCUUUAACCUCCCGCGCGUCGCCAGCAUUGUCCUCCUUUAUGGUGCAGUCUGGAACGACGCUUGUGAUGUGUAUGCCAACAGAUAAGGAGAUGUUCCCUGAGCCCUAAUAACAAUGUGCACCAUUGUGGUUGUCCGUGUUGGUGCAGAUUGUGUAGAGUUAAGUUAGAUUAUUGCCCCCGCCCCCCGCCCCAUUGUAAACCUCAUGCCCGUUCUGAUUCACGGCCUGAUUGGUGAAAAAAAAGCCACGGAAGCCGUCCGUAAAUUUCACAGCGUUUCGUCACUUUGGAAUCGAAAGAGAUCGAGAAACGGAAUUGCUAAGAUGCUUCUAAAUCUGUUGUAUUGAUGUUUUGUUUUCUGACGGCGAGCGACGGCGGUGGUUGAACGGCGCUUGAUGCUACCAGCAGCACGGGCCGUCCGUGCUUGUAUGCUGCAGGGUAGUGCUUUACUUUUGGGGUCUCUGGCAUUCGCUCAUUUCCCCGUACCCGCUUCACUGACCUUGUAGAACGUUUCACACGCUGAGUAUCGCCCCCCCCCCCCCCCCCCCCCCCCCCCGGAGCUUUUAAAAGAACAUUCCAGGCUCGCGAUGGCUGGCUCCGGCUGGGUAAGCCCUGAGAUGCACACCUCAGUGUGGUGUUCGCUAUUUUAUCGGUCGCAGCGUGAAUGUCCGGGAAACUGGCGGCGAAUGGUUAAGAAGAUCCUCUGGGCCAACGCCGAUACUUGGUGUGAGGCCCCACACGGAGAGGUGGACCCCCCCACAUGAUUGUUGUGGGCGAGACAUCGUUCUCUCCCCCGCCACGCAUAGAGAGGGGGUACCGCAAGGGGCUUUGUUUCUGGGUAAUCUGAAUUCUACUGGGCUCUGGGGCCAUGAUAUAUUUUUUUAACAAGGGCCUUUUUUAUUUUUCCACCAAAUUUUAUUCCAGUUGUGAUUUUUCGUUGGUCAACCGUGGGAUGAAUUAUCUUUUGGAAUCUCGCAGAGCAGUGCAAUCCGUUGUGGUAGAUAAUGGUCCAUGAAAAAAACAUGACAACCUACUUCAGAGAAGCCUUUUUGUGACCUAUUCCCCCCCCCCCCCCCCACAUUAGGAGUUAAUGCUUUCCUCCUAUUGAUAGUCAAACCGAUGUUUUUAAUUCUCGGAGCUGGAAUAAGUGAAAUUGGGUACAAAACCAAAUUAAAUCUGACGAGUAUUUUGUGUGUGCAGUCAUUGGUGCCGGGGUUGAGACCAUCAACUCGCGUGUUUGUGAGCCCAGUGUAAUCAUCGAAGGCCGCCUGUAUUUGAACCCAGGAGCUCAGCGGCGCUAGCUUAGCCACGUGGCCGCCUUACCCCGUGAUGUAUUUAAAUUCUUCACAUGCCCGCCUCGGUUGCGUGCCGGGAGAUGAUUAAUAUAUAUAUUUCCGUUGUCGUGUUCUGUCGAUGGAGUUGUCGUGUUGUGCGUAAUGGCUGUAUUUACAAUCAUGACUCAACAAUUA